GUAAAACGUCAUGGUCUUCGCUGAUGAAUGAAUUUUCGGUACAGGAGUCCUCCGCUUUGACUUCAUAAAUUAAGUGUUUUUCGGAUCAAAUCCCAAAUAAUUUAUUAAAUUAUGGCCAUUGUAGGUAGAGUAGGCAAUUUCAAGUUAUUAAAGAGCAAAUCAUCACCCAUCACUGUCCAGGUCUGCUCUUUAGGAACUGACGCUGCAGCAGCAUGGAACAUGAAGAAAUCGCUGUACGCGGCGAUGGGUGUUGCUGCAGGAGGAAUUGGUGCUUUGAUGCUUGCUCUAGAUCAGUCCGUCAAAGCGUACGAUUGGCCCUGCCAUCCACCUCACUAUCCUUGGUCUCAUAAGCCUCUUUUGGGUGCUUUCGAUCACGCAAGUAUACGAAGAGGUUUUGAAGUGUACAGAAAUGUAUGUUCGGCCUGUCAUAGUUUACAGUUUAUUCCAUUCAGGCGAUUAGUUAAUGUUGCUUACACUGCUGAGGAAAUCAAAGAUAUAGCCGCUGAGUACCAAAUACAAGACGGUCCUGAUGAUAAUGGAGACAUGUUCAUGCGUCCUGGUAAACCGAGUGAUUACUUUCCUAAACCAUACGUCAACACUGAGGCAGCUAAAGCUGCAAAUAACGGCGCUGCUCCCCCUGACCUGUCUCUGAUUGCAUUGGGUCGAGAAGGAGAAGGAGAUUACAUUUUCUCUUUGCUGAAUGGCUAUCAUGAGGCCCCAGCUGGUGUAGAAGUACCCGAAAAUGGCAAUUACAAUCCAUAUUUCCAAGGAAGUGUUAUCGCAAUGGCCCCGCCGUUGUACGACGGAAUUAUCGAAUACGAAGACGGAACUCCGGCGACAAAAAGUCAGUUAACAAAAGAUGUUGUCACUUUCCUUGCAUGGUGCGCUCAACCAGAGAUGGAAAAACGAAAAUUAAUGGGAUUAAAAUUGAAUUUAUUCUUAAUACCAUUCGCUGCUAUAUUAUUCUAUAUAACGAGGCUUAAAUGGGCACCCCUGCGAGCAAGACAAGUUAUACUUAAAGAAUUAGCUAAGCAAACUAAGAAAAAGUAAACCGUGAAUGUUGAUUGAUGCGUGUAUUAGUUUUUAAUUAUGUAAUAAAAUGUAUCCGAAAUACAUUGAUAUUUCUGCUGGUUA